AUGGCAGAACAAGUUAAUCACAACUCGAUUGAAACUCUCAUUGGCUCCAACUACUCCAAAUGGAGGGAAGAUGUGGAAAUUGCUCUAGGAUUGCUGGACUAUGAGAUAGCUAUUGAAGAAGAUGCUCCUGCAGAACCUGAUGCAAAUGCAUCUGCUGGAACAAAAGCAAAAUAUGCCAAGUGGAUUAAGGCAAACAAAAUGGCUAUUUUGAUAAUGAGGAGGUCAAUUUCACCAUCUGUCAGGGGAAGCAUUACAUCCUGUGACAAUGCCAAGAAGUUUAUUGAUUCCAUUGGGGAAAAGUUUCGGGAAUCAGAAAAGGCUGAGAUUGGAACUCUAAUGGGACAGCUUACUGAUACAAAAUACAAUGGGGAGAGAUGUGUGAGAACACACAUACUAAACAUGCUGGAAAUUGGGAACAAACUGAAGGCACUCAAAGUCAAUGUGGAUGAAACUAUGAUGGUACACUUUGCUAUAAAUUCUCUGCCUAGUACUUUCAAGCAUCUUAGAAGCACGUAUGUGGCUCAAAAGGAGAAGUGGACAGUAACUGACCUCAUAAGCAUCUGUGUGCAGGAAGAACAAAAUAUGAAGAAGGAUAAGGCUGAAGAAAAGAUUAAUAUGGUUCAGAACAGUUUCAAAAGGGAUUUUGGAAAAGGAAAAGACUUUGGGAAGAAAAACAAAGGAGAAAAGGAAACUAAAGGUCUGAAACCAGAAGGACUCAAAUGCUAUUUCUGCAAGAAGUUUGGACAUAUGAAGAGGAAUUGUGACAGAUACAAACGCUGGCUAGAUAAACAGAAGGCUAAAGGAAGAAAUCCUGGACCUUUUGCAAAGUUCUUACAAGAAGAAGGAAUUGUGGCUCAAUAUACUAAUCCAGGUACACCACAACAAAAUGGAGUGGCAGAGAGACGAAAUAGAACAUUGAUUGAAAUGAUAAGAAGCCUAAUGAGUUGUUCUAAGCUUCCAAUUUUUCUUUGGGGGGAGGCCUUGAAGACAGCAAACUAUUUGCUAAAUAGAACUCCUACGAAAAGUGUGAACAAAAUUUCUUAUGAGGUAUGGUGCAAUAGAAAACCUAGUCUCUCACAUCUCAAAUUCUGGGGAAGCAAGGCAGAAGCAAAGUUCUAUAAUCCAUCAGAAAAGAAGCUGGAUUCCAAGACAGUAACAUGUUAUUUUGUGGGAUAUCCAGAUAGAACAAAAGGGUAUAGGUUCUACUGUCCCAACCACACCACAAGGUUCAUGGAAACUCAAAGAGCUAUUUUUAUUGAAGAUGAAAAUGAUUCAGACACUGAGGAAAAUUUUGAUUUUGAUGAAAUUUUGGAAAACAAGGAACCUGCUGAAAAGGAAAAUAUGCUGAGAGAUACAACUAUCUUACCAUUCACUGACUUGAAUGACAAGCAAGUCUCACCAAAUCAUGAUCCAACAACUGAAGCUCCACAAAUUGCACCAGAAAAUAUGCAGACAGAUCAACAAGAACAGCAGCCUUCCAACCCAGAACUGAGAAGGUCACAAAGAACUAAGAGACCUGCUCUAUCAAACGAUUAUUAUGUCUACAUGCAAGAAUCAGAACAUGACAUCAAUACCAUAGAAGAUCCUCUGUCUUAUAAGCAGGCUAUUCAAAGUGACAACUGUGAUAAGUGGAUAGAAGCAAUGGAGUCUAAACUCCAAUCAAUGAGCAAGAAUGGUGUAUGGAAGCUUGUUGAUUUACCUCAAGGAUGUAAACCAAUAGGAUGCAAGUGGGUUUACAAGACUAAAAGAAACUCAAAGGGACAAAUAGACAGAUACAAGGCACGACUAGUAGCAAAAGGGUUCACACAACAAGAAGGAGUGGAUUACAAUGAAACUUUCUCACCUGUGUCAACCAAAGAUUCCUUAAGAGUUAUAAUGGCAUUAGUGGCACAUUUUGAUCUUCACCUUCAUCAAAUGGAUGUUCAAACUGCAUUUUUGAAUGGAAACCUUAUUGAAGAAAUUUACAUGAAACAACCGGAUGGUUUCAUUCAAAAAGGGGAAGAAGAUUUGGUUUGCAAGUUACAAAAAUCAAUAUACGGAUUAAAACAGGCUUCUAGGCAGUGGUACUUGAAGUUUGAUGAAGUAGUGAAGUCUCAAGGUUUCAUUGACAAUCCCUUAGAUGAGUGCAUUUACCAAAAAUUUCAAGGGAGACAUUAUAUUUUUAUGCUGUUGUAUGUUGAUGAUAUUCUCUUAGCAAGCAGCAAUCUGUCACUACUACAUGACACUAAGAGAAUGCUAUCAAACCAUUUUCAAAUGACUGAUUUGGGAGAGGCAAACUAUGUGCUAGGAAUUGAAAUAAGCCGAGACAGAGAAAGGGGGCUACUUAGUCUAUCACAGAAGGGAUAUAUAGAAAGGAUACUGAAAAGGUUCAACAUGGAAAACUGCACAGGUUGUGAUGUUCCAUUCUCGAAGGGUGAUAAAUUGAGCAAUGAACAAUCUCCCAAAACUGAGCAAGAGAAGUUGGAGAUGCAGGACAAGCCCUAUGCCUCACUUGUUGGAAGCUUAAUGUAUGCUCAAGUUUGCACAAGGCCAGACCUUGCUUUCAGCAUUAGUGUUCUUGGAAGGUUUCAAUCCAAUCCAGGCCAAGCACAUUGGGUAGCAGGCAAGAAGGUCUUGAGGUAUUUGCAAAGAACUAAAGAAUACAAGCUGGUUUAUCGAAGAGUUGAAGAAUUGAAACUGGAAGGAUAUGCAGAUGCGGACUUUGCUGGCUGUUUGGAUACACAAAAGAGUACAUCAGGUGUUGUGUUUUUGUUUGCAGGAGGAGCAGUGGCUUGGAGAAGUGUCAAACAACAAUACAUAUCAACCUCAACCAUGCAGGCUGAGUUUCUAGCAAUUUAUGAAGCAACUUCAAUGGCUAUGUGGCUCAAAAAUUUUAUGUCAACGUUAAAGGUCAUGGAUUCCAUACAAAGGCCAAUCCAAUUAUGGAAUGACAACAGUGCUGUAGUUUAUUUUGCAAAAGGAAAUAAAAAGUCAGGAGGAUUAAGACACCUGCAGUUAAAGUUUUUAUCAGCUAAAGAAAAGAUCCGAGAUGGUCAUACAGCUUUAGAUCAUAUUGGAACAGAUUUUAUUAUUGCAGAUCCCCUGAACAAAGGCUUGCCUAAUCAUGUUUUUCAUAGGCAUGUUAAAAGCAUGGGUUUGCAGAUCAGUUUUGAUUUUUAA